UAAAACACGUAUUACUCUCCCUGUCGCGUUAUUCCUUUCUUUGACCGCUUCUCGAAAUUUCGUAUUUUACAUUUCAGUGUCAAACUAGCGUAUUCAUCCUGUGUUGGUAAUCGUGUUAUUCGUUUCACACGCCUAUAUAUCAAUACUCUUUUUCAGUUGUGCUUAUAUCUUUCGUGUGCUAUUACAUUCUUUUGUCAAUUAAUUGUAAGUUAUUGUUUCCCGCGCGUACUAUGGAGUGCGUCGCAGUUUUUUAGCAUUCGCUCCAGUUUGGUAGAUCGACUUUUGAAUACACCACAAGAGCCGAAGCUGUACCGUUCGCCGUAUGGGUGCCUGGGUUGACGAUCGUUUCGCGGAGGAGGAGGCGGUCCCGAUUAACCAGGGCCCGAGAAGAAGGAAAGCUUCCCGCAUCCUGGGCCACGUUUGCGAUGGUGGCGGCCCAGAUGCGAUUCACCAGCGUUAUACGAGGAACUUUGAGAAUUCGUGCAGAUCGUCAGCGUCGUUGUUGUCGUUACGCCGUCAGUUCACUAGACAGCUCUACGAGUGGCCGGGUUUACCGUUGUUUAAAUCAAGGACGAAACUAGAUCAGUUUUGAAUCGAUCGCACGGUUGCGAUCGUAGCUGCGACAUGACUUUUUUUCUAGCGGUGCGCGCGUUUUUAAGUGCUAUAGGAGAAGAGAAGAUAUAAGGGUAAGAACGGCGGAAAGAAAGAGGUAUAGUUGAUCCUGUUACAUAGAGAUAUCGAUAAGCGAGGAUAGUUAAUCGUUAAACGAGAAGAAGAGUAUAGGUUCGAUGUCGUUGCGCUGGCCGAUCGAAGACUGCACUUGAACAGCAGGCUCCUCCUUAUUCUUGGUACCAUCAUCAUGGCCGAGAGGGCCAAGUUCAACGGUGUGGAGAAACCGACUCAAUCGAGCAAAACGAUCGAGACAGAGGACAGUAACAAAGAGGAAGACAGUAUAGAGGAUUCAGUGAGGAACGUGGAGGUGAUACCACGAAAAAGCGACGAGGAGCUGCUGAUCGAGAAAAGAUGUUCUUCCUUGAAUAGGACCCCACGGGAGACGCCGCGUAAAACAGAUUCGCGUAAAGGUAGCGAUACGGCGUCGUCAGAAUUGAAUUCGAUAGUAAAGAGUGUCUCCCGUUUGAGAAAAUAUUCUGACCAAAUCGGAAAUCUGUCCGAGGAACAAUCGAAGACGUCUAGUGAUCAGAUUUACGAGAACGAUGUGGGCAUCGAGAAGGACGAAGAGAUACGAAAUUGUUUGGAGAAAACGUACGAUGGUGUUUACGCCGAACCUGGUUCGAAGAUCCGACAGGAAGCUAGGCAAGAAUUGAAAGAAUUGUCGCAAAAUUCUGUGAAGAAGCCUGACAGUCUGUACAAGGACGGUGUGCCAGAUCUACCAAAGCGUAAAAGCGUGUUUACGGAGAGAAACUCGAUUUUCGGUUCUCCGACGAAGAUCCUGUCGAAGAACCACUCACCGUCCGAGAAGAGCACAGAGAAGCUGGUUAACGGAAAAUCGCCGCGGGAGGACAAGCAACAGCACCAUGUGCAAUUUAAUAAAGACUCGAAGAAGCAACAGUCCCGUGAGCAGAGGCCGCAAUCUAGCCCGUCGAUCCCUCCAUCAACCACUAGCAGCUCCGAGGAUAAUUCCAGCUUGGGGCAAUUGUGCGAAGCUAGACCACCUGAUGGCGGUUGGGGAUGGGUGGUGGUCGCAGCUUCCUUCAUGGUUAACCUCAUAGCCGACGGUAUCACGUUCUCCUUCGGUGUGAUCUACGUGGAAUUUCUCAAGUAUUUCGGCGAGGGCAAGUCGAAGACGGCCUGGAUAGGUAGCUUGUUCAUGGCGAUGCCGUUACUGUCGGGCCCAGUGGCCAGUUUCUUGACAGACAGAUACGGUUGUCGAAGAGUUUCUAUAGUGGGAAGCAUCCUGGCCACAACGGGUUUCGUCAUAAGCUCUUGCGCCAACUCUAUGGAGGUUUUAAUAUUCACUUUCGGGGUUCUCGCCGGCUUUGGUUUAUCCUUGUGUUUCGUCGCAGCCGUAGUCAUCGUAGCUUACUACUUCGAUAAGAAGAGAUCAUUCGCAACCGGUCUGUCCGUCUGUGGAAGCGGUAUAGGAACGUUCAUCUUCGCCCCAGUUACGCAAUAUCUGCUCGAUGAAUACGGUUGGCGAGGAUCCACGCUGAUAUUAGCCGGCCUGUUCCUCAAUUUGGCCGUCUGCGGCUGUCUUAUGAGGGAUCUCGAAUGGACCACUAUCAGGGCGAAGGCGAAAACCGAAGAACGACGGAAGAACCGCGAGAAAAAGAGGACCAGGGUUCAGAGCUCCAGUAUGGACUCGUUCUCCGCGAACAGUUCGUUGAACACCCUCACGAUCAUGGAGAACCUUCGGAUUCAAGAAGAGGAAGAAGACGGUGAAAAGCUAUUUUCCAGUCUGGUAAGCUUGCCUACCUUCGUGAAAAACGGGGAAAAAGUUCCGCUAGAGGUAUUGGAACUACUCAGCACUCGUAAGAACGUGUACAACGUGUUACUGCAAAAUUAUCCGAGCCUGCUGAUCUCCUCGAGGAGCUUCAGCGAUUCCGGGCCGCUUCACGAUCAGCUCAGCAUACCUUCAGCCAGGUUCGUGCCCACGCCGAGCUCUUUGUCCGAGCUGAAAAGCAAGGAAAACAAGGACAAGGUCUUAUCCAACGACGAGCAAACUCUUCAACAGCAAACGGACGCCGCUUGGCGAUUGUGGUGGUUGAAGAAGAUCAAUCUGGAUAGCUCGCUGAGGAGAUCCAGCACCCUCGAGCAUACCAGGAGACUACCCACUGCCUAUUUGAAGGAUAUCAGAGUGCAUAGGCACAGCCUUACGUACAGAGGUGCUAUGUUGAAUAUAAAUCGAUAUAGACUCAGGGCAUCCAGUUGUCCGGAUAUUUAUAGGAACUCGAUGACCACCAUAGCGAAGACUAAGCUCGUCUGGUACGCCGGUCUUUGGGAAUUCUGGGACCUCGUCGUGGAUAUGCUCGAUUUUUCUCAUUUCGCUGAUUCUCGUUUUUUGCUCUUCGCCAUUAGUAAUUUUCUACUGCAUACUUGGUACGACGUCCCCUACGUGUAUAUGUCGGACCUCGCAAUCGAGAUGGGUUUCAGUGAAACGGAUGCAUCCAUCUUAAUAUCGGUCAUAGGGAUAACCAAUAUGAUCGGCGAAAUACUCCUUGGUUGGGCAGGUGACAGAGCAUGGGUAAAUGCAUUCAUCGUAUACGCAGUAUGCAUGGCCUUUUGUGGUGCAGUGACAGCGUUAAUACCUGUAGUAGCUGGCAGUUAUUAUACUUUAUGCGCAAUCUCUGGCGCUUUCGGAUUAUUCAUCGGGGCGAACUAUAGUCUUACCAGCAUUAUCCUCGUUGAACUGAUCACACUGGAAAGAUUCACAAAUGCAUAUGGCCUCCUGCUCUUGGUUCAAGGUGUUGCAAAUCUUAUGGGUCCUCCUCUGGCAGGAUGGCUUUACGAUAUCACGGGGACGUACGAUCUGUCGUUUUACUUGGCCGGUUUCUUUAUUGCGUUGAGUGGAGCGCUCUUGUUGGCGAUGCCUUUAAUUAGCCUCUAUCGGAAAUGCUUGAACGGAUCGAGACAAGAAGAAACAGACCAAGAUUUUGCAAAUGUGAAUAGAGUUUAAAGAAACGAUGGCGACUAGUAGUCGAGCAUUUUUGAAGUAAUUAUUAUCGCCGAUAAUACGAUACCAAUAUAUGUACAUCGAUAUAUUAUCGAUUCAAUGGAAUUUAUGGAAACAUAACACUUCCAACCAAAAGGAAUUGCAAUUAGCACCUGUGCAAUUAGUUUUAAGCGGUAUCUUUUUCCCGCAUUACGCUAAACUAGUCGCGUGUUUUACAUUCAAUUAAACAUUCGUGGUUCCUUCAUAGAAUAACAUAUGUACGAGCUAAUUAAACAGUUUAACACAUUAAGUGAUUCAUCUAAAAGAAAAGAAAUGACGUUUUUUGAGGUAUCUUCUUUCAUUAAGGAUUUAUAUGUCCUUUAAGUUUCGCGCCUGUCCGAACAAUGAAUGAUCAAUCGAUCUAACGAUGUACAAAUAAGCGAGAUCGAUUGUUGAUAACGAUGUCCAAAGAUAAUGUUACAAGCAACUUGAGGAGAUUUAUAUCGAUAUGUAAAUUGAUCAAAUAGCGAAUUAACGAGUUCCAUAUGAUCACUGUUUGCCAUUAACAUCUUAUGAUAUUUACAAAAAUCUUGUAUUCACUUUAUACUCGGCAAAUUUAAUAAUCAUUGAGCAAUGGUGUUAUACAAGAAUCUGAUGAAAAUAUUAGUAAUCUCUCAAAGUUUGAAA